AAUCUGCACAACUUGUUGCUUGUUUUUUUGGUCAAGAAGAUCAUUUCUUCGAAAUAUAAACGCAACCAUAUUUUCAAAGAUACAACCUAGGAAGGCAUAGAAUGAUUCGAAGUUAUUAGUGAAACCCUUCAAAGUGUUUCUAAGUACUCUACCUUUGUGUAAGUUUCCACUUCACAAAACAAAAACUCAAAGAAGUUUCAAAUCUUUGGGAUCGAAAACUGUGUCAUCAUAGUUUGUUUUCACCAGAAAAAUUGGCUGAAAAUGUCGGUAUCAUCAACAGAGAAUGAUAAGGGAAACACCAGCACACUUAGCAGCCCAACUGAGAUGGAUAUGGAGGAAGAGACUCCAAGUGAACUGUUCGAGAUAAACCAAGAUGUACUCAGGGCUUCUAUCGUGGAAGAGCAUGAGCAUGAGGGUAGUUUGUUCUCUUUUGAUUUUCAAAACUGGAAUGAUAGAGUGUUUGUAGCUGUGGGGGCGGCAGAAGAGUCAAGCUCAAGCAUGGAUGCACUGGAGUGGACUCUGAGACACGUUGUUACUCCCUCCACUAUGGUCCUUCUCAUACAUGUUUUCCCUGUCAUGCGCUUCAUUCCAAGUCCAUUAGGAAUGAUUCCAAGGCAUCAAGUGAAACCGGAGAUGGUGCAGGAAUAUGUAACCCAAGAAAGAGCCAAGAGGAAGAAGCUCCUUCAAGAGUUUCUUAACAAAUGCUCUGCCUCCAAGGUGAAGGUAGAUGUUGUGCUCAUUGAAAGUAGCAACAUUGCUAAGGCUAUUGUGGAGAUUAUCCCUAUUCUCAAAAUAAGAAAGCUAGUGAUUGGAACCGCACAAUCAAGUUUAAGGAAACCGGUGUCGAGGAGAGAGAGAGGAAGCGGGAUUGCUAAUUGGAUCUUUCAGAAUGCACUGGAUUCCUGCGAUGUUAAGUUCAUCAGUGAAGGGAAGGAAGUUAUCGACCAGAUGAUUGGAUGGUCACAUCGAAUCAGCAAUGGAAAUAGUUUCAGGUCCAUUAAAGAAGAAGAAAAACCCAAUAGUUCCUUCUGGCUCAAGUGCUUUAUAUGUUAGAAACAAGUAUAUAUAAGCUACAUGUAAUCACAGUACUUCACUAAUUAAUUGAGGUACAUGGUCUCAUUAAUGGCACAGAUAUCUCUCCUAGGAGUUUUAGAUUAAAGCCAUCGGGGUUGCAUUUUGAUCUGAAAAUGUAUCUGUAUUUGUUCACGUUUAUAUUUAGAGAGCAUAGAGUUAUAUGCUUAGUUUUA